GAAGAAAAUGGCCCAAACUACUGCACCAGCAACAUCCAUUCGUGAUAAGGAUUUCUCUGAAAGCAGAAUGGUGAUUAAAUUCCUCAUGUCAGCACUUGAGUCAAUGUGUAAAGAACUUGCCAAGUCCAAAGCAGAAGUUGCCUGUAUUGCUGUAUAUGAAAGAGAUGUGUUUGUAGUUGGAACUGAGAGAGGAAGAGCCUUUGUAAAUUCUAGGAAGGAUUUUCAGAAGGAUUUUGUUAAAUACUGUGUUACAGAAGAGGAGAGGGCUGCAGAACUGCAGGAAACAAAGACUAUACCAUCUAUAAGUAGACUGCCAGUGGAUAGUGUGGAACUCGAAGCUCUCAGGAGGUCUGUGGAGGACUUCUUCUGCCUUUGUUACGGUAAAGCUUUAGGAAAGUCAACGGUGGUACCUGUGCCAUAUGAGAAGAUUCAGAGGGACCAGUCUGCUUUGGUAGUGCAGGGUCUGCCUGAAGGACUUGCAUUUAAACAUCCAGCAAAUUACGAUGUUUCAACCCUCAAAUGGAUUUUGGAAAACAAGUCAGGGAUCUCAUUUAUCAUUAAAAGGCCUUUCCUAGAGCCAAAGAAACACCUAGGAGCUGCUGUGACAGAUCCUUCACAAUCAGUUAUACCUCCAGGUGGAAGUUGUAGUCCUGUUAAAGUGAAGACGGAACCAAAUGAGGACUCAGGAAUUUCUCUGGAAAUAUCAACAGUAACAGUGAAGGAGGAACCAGAUGAUCCUGAUUACUAUCAAUAUAAUAUUCCAGGCCCUUCCGAAACAUCAGAGGUGGAUGAAAAAAAUGUUCUUGCAAAAAGUUAUACAGGAAGCCACGAGGGUACCGACUGCAGAGAAGGAGGAGAUGUGGAAAUACCAGUAGAAGAUUCCUUCCAGCACGUCCCUUCAGAAACAAGUGAGAAUCCUGAGGUCGAGGUCACCAUUGAAGAUGAUGAUGACUACUUGCCCCCUAACAAGAGACCAAAGAACACUGAGUCACCUAAUGAAGCUGCCAAUAUUGGGAAAAGAAAAGUGAAAGAGUUCAAUUUUGAGAAAUGGAAUGCACGAAUUACAGAGUUGAGAAAGCAAGUUGAAGAGCUGUUUGAGAAAAAAUACGCACAAGCUAUAAAAGCAAAAGGUCCAGUGUCAGUCCCAUACCCACUCUUCCAGUCACAUGUGGAAGACUUAUAUGUGGAAGGGCUGCCAGAAGGAAUUCCCUUCAGGCGGCCAUCCACCUAUGGCAUUCCCCGUCUUGAGAGGAUACUUCUAGCAAAGGAGCGGAUCCGGUUUGUGAUUAAAAAGCAUGAGCUUUUGAAUUCAACACAAGAAGAUGCGUCAUUGAACAGACCUGUUGCAGGAGAUACGUUGAAGGAGGAGUGGCUUUCCAGAAUGAUCAAACUGAGAAGGACGGUAGAUAAACUCUUCUGUGAAAAGUUUGCCGAGGCCUUGGGGAGCACUCAGCCUAAAACUGUUCCAUACACGAAAUUUGAGGCCCAUCCUAAUGACCUCUAUGUCCAAGGGCUGCCAGAUAACAUCCCCUUUAGGAGUCCUUCCUGGUAUGGAAUCCCUCGCCUAGAAAAAAUCAUUCAAGUGAGCAACAGAAUAAAGUUUGUGAUCAAGAGGCCAGAGCUUCUAAGCGUCACUUCAACUGAAGUUACUCAACCCAAGUCAAACACCCCAGUGAAAGAAGAUUGGAACGUCAGGAUCGCAAAGCUAAGAGCGCAAGUAGAAGAAAUAUUUAAUACAAAGUUUGGCCAAGCUCUGGGGCUUUCAGAGGCAGUGAAAGUUCCCUAUCCUGUAUUUGAAUCAAACCCUGAGUACUUGUACGUUGAAGGCUUGCCAGAAGGAAUCCCCUUCCGGAGUCCCACAUGGUUUGGAAUUCCACGCCUUCAAAGAAUUGUCCGUGGGAGUGGCAAAAUCAAAUUUGUUGUUAAAAAGCCUGAGCUUGUCACCUCCUAUUUGCCUCCAGGACUGGCUAGUAAAAUAAACAUUAAAGCAAUGAGUCCAAAUAGUUCAGAAAGAUCACAAAGUCCUGCAGGUAACUCAACUGUUCCAGAGAUUGAAGUUACUGUUGAUGAAGGUCCUAAUAAACCACAAACAACAGAUGCUGGAACCAAUUCUCAGACCAAUGGGUCCAAUAUGACUUACAAGCCACGAAAAAAAGAGUUUUCUUUUGAGGCGUGGAAUGCCAAAAUUACGGACUUAAAGCAGAAAGUUGAAAAUCUUUUUAAUGAAAAAUGUGGUGAAGCUUUGGGGCUGACAGAACCAGUGAAGGUGCCAUUUGCCUUGUUUGAAUCCUCUCCAGAGGCUUUCUGUGUGGAAGGACUACCCGAGGGGGUGCCAUUCCGCCGACCUUCUACUUUUGGAAUUCCAAGACUAGAGAAGAUCCUGAGAAACAAAUCUAAGAUAAAAUUCAUUAUUAAAAAGCCUGAGAUGCUUGAGGCAGCUGUUAAGGAAAUUUCUGCUAGAAGCCCCCAAAGUAAAAAUAAUUCAUCUAAUACACCCAAUACAGCAAGCACCCCAACAAACACAGUAGUGAGCACAGCUGCAGGUGUUGAAGACCUUAACAUCAUUCAAGUAACUAUACCAGAUGAUGAAAAUGAGCGACUGUCAAAAGUGGAAAGGGCCAGACAAUUGAGAGAGCAAGUUGGGGAUCUUUUUAGCCGGAAAUUUGGUGAAGCCAUUGGUAUGAAUUUUCCUGUGAAAGUCCCAUACAGAAAAAUCACCACCAACCCUGGCUGUGUGGUGGUGAAUGGGCUGCCUCCUGGCGUGGCAUUUAGAGCUCCCAGUUACCUGGAAAUCAGCUCCAUGAGGAAGAUUUUGAAAUCCGCAGAGUUUAUCAAAUUUACUGUCGUUCGACCAUUUCCAGGACUUGUGAUUAACAACCAGCUGAUGGAAAAAGCUGAAGCAGAAGCACCACCAACAGCACCAACAACAGCACCAGCAGCAGCACCAGUACUACCAGAGCCAGCUGACCCAAGCCAAAUGGAAGUGUCUGUAAGAGAAAUUACAAAAACAGAAGAAAAUCCCCAAAUAAAGCAGGAGCCAGACCCAACGUGGUAGACCUCAUCAGUGCUGGUCAGAAGAUCCAGUUCUGAGAAGAGCCUGCUGGGAAUGCCUGGAGCUGUGUAAUAUAGCUGUAUAAGAGAAGUACCUUCUAUACAAACUCUUUUUUAUAUUUUUAGAUAGAAAUGUCUACUUUUUCAGCAGAUCUGUGAAUUGACUUAAAUGAAAGAAUGACUGUAGAUUUGGAAUGGCUAGGUUUAAUUUGGAAUAUAUUAUAAGGACUAAAUUUGAUGCAGCAAUGCUGGGGAGAGGACAAGGAUUAAAAUCAACAGGGACUUAACAGAGACUGUCUGCGUUUCCAGUAGAGCUGAUUUUCACCUCACCUAAUGCAUUGCAGCUUUUGUAAUACAGAAAAAUUCCUGCAGGUAGUUCAGUUCGUUAGUUUUACUUUGGAAAAAAAAACCCCACAAACAUUACAUUUUUGUUCUGGCUGCUUUAAUGGCUGAUUGGACAAUGCUAUCUGUAUAUUUGAACUGAUUUUUCCUAGGAUACCUGUUGCAGUUCAUAUGCUUUUCAUGAAUAAAAGAUCAACUGGUUCACUUGACCUUUAGCACACAGUAAUGAGAUGGACGAUGAAAUGGUCACUAUUUCAGUGUGUGGAUUAGGAACCCAUUUAAAUUAAACCCUGUUAGAGAUUGUUCCAUUAACUCAAAGUAGUGAAUGCAUGUUUUCUCAGGAUAUCACAAGGUUUCUACACAAUGGGUCUGGUCUCACAGCCCUAACGUAGGCAAAGCCCACGUGGACCCGUGUGAGAGCAUUUCUCAUGAAGGCUCUGUGGAUGCCCUCCUGAUCUCUAGAAGUAGUUAUAGAAAUGUGUGCUCCAAGCUUCUGUAAGUCCCACUCUGCCAAAAGUUAAGACCCUUGUAGUCCUGGUGACUCCCAUAUGGUGAAAG